AUGAAGCCCUACUGGAUAGGUGGUAACUGGAAGUGCAACGGUAACAAGAAAUUGAUAGGAACAAUUCUAUCAAAUCUUGAGAAAUCAACCUUCAAUAAUGAAAAAAUCGAUGUGGUAGUUUUCCCAACAUCACUCCACGUGGAACAUGUGAUUGGGAAAAUUGAUAAAAGGUGUAGUGUCGGAGUACAAAACCUAUCCCAGCCCAAACCCGGUGCUUUCACUGGAGAAUUGGAAGUGGGAAUGGUUAAAGAAAUUGGUGCUAAAUGGGUUUUAGUUGGCCACUCUGAACGUCGUAAAUAUUUUCACGAAUCAGAUCAGGUAGUUGCUGAAAAGGUUCAAAUUGCCUUAGACAACAACUUCAAUGUCGCCAUUUGUAUUGGAGAAUCAUUGGAAGAGAGGGAUGCAGGGGCUACAUUUGAUGUUAUAACAAUUCAGCUAAAGAAAGUUUGCGAUAAGAUCCAUAAUUGGAGAAAUGUAGUCAUCGCAUACGAGCCAAUAUGGGCCAUUGGCACGGGGGUAGUUGCAACUAUGGAUCAGGUUCAGGAAGUACAUCAGUUCAUACGGAGGUACUUGGUGGAAUAUGCUGGAAAAGAGACAGAGGAAGUUAAGAUUGUCUAUGGCGGGUCUGUUAACGCUAAAAACUGUCAAGAAUUGUCAAGUUGCCCCGAAAUCAACGGUUUCCUAGUCGGAGGGGCAUCAUUACUUCCUGAUUUUACUACAAUCAUUGAGAUAUUCCUCAGAGAGAAAUCGUCAUUAAGUUGA